UUUUUGGAAUGCUCUGGAGCAGUCUCAUCAACUUGGCGGCGUUGGCUGUCGCUGAAGCUCAUCUCAAUUUCCAUGGUAGUCACCUGGAAGUGAGAGAUGCGACGCUUCAAGUGACUUUGGAGCCGGUGCUAUCAGGCAGAGUCGCCGAAGUCUCCGCAACGAUCAAGAACUCUGGUAGCAGCGACCUGAACUUGCUGAAAGUUGGCACCAUUUUGGACGAAAAGCUUCCCGUCCAGCGCGUGCUCAUUGUGGAUCAUCUUGGGAAUCAUGUGCCUUUCAGAGGUAUUGAGCCGAGCAUUCGAUACGACGCCCUCAAGCCGAGUCACUUUCAACUGCUACCAGCCGGAGACUCAUUGAAUAUCACGAUUGACCCAGCGAAAGUUCAUCUUUUCGAAAAGUCGGGGACGUACUCCGUCACUGCCCAGGGACUGAUUCCGGCUGCUUUGGCGCCGCUCACCGACUUCUCCCACCCGGCGAUCGCGUUCAAGUCGAACACCGUCAGCAUCGAAGUCGACGCAGAUGCCGCCGCCAGCCGACUGGUCACAGCAGCACUUGUGGAGAGAACCAAUCUGCAACCCGGGUGCAACGAGACGACGCUGGACGCCAGCACCAAAGGCCUGUCCAACUGCCAGGCCUUGGCUCUUGCAGCAGCCGCAGACGCUGCAGACCCGGCCUCGAAGCGGUUUGUUGAAUAUUUCAGAACAAACUCUUCGGAAGCCCGCGACGUUGUCGUCACAAGGUUCAGGAGCGUUGCCGAGGAGUGCGGGACCACAGAUACGGGAGUAUCUCGGUACUUCUGCUACGACUACUAUGGCAUUUGUGAGGUUGAAGGCCCUCUUAAUGCUUACACCCUUUGGCAAUUCGAUACCGUGGUCAUGUGUCCGCUCUUCUAUGGCUUGCCCCCGCUUCCUGUGGGCUGUCACCGACAGUGUCAAGCUACCACUACGAUCCACGAGAUGACCCACUGCGAAGGUGUCUAUGCGCCUCACACCAACGACUAUGCCUACGCUUAUAACGCGAGUGUCGCUCUUCCCCUAGAGCGAGCCCUUUUAAACGCAGACAAUUACUCGCUGUAUGCCAAUGCUGUUUACAUGAAAUGUUGAAGGAGGCCAGUGCUAUGAUAUGCUUCGGGUUUGCUGGGAAAGUUGCGAAACCGAAGGCUCCAACCUCCAUCAAGACUAUCCGAUAGCUUGUCGCAAGGCGCUGAGUGAGUGAGGGUCUAUAAACAGGAGUGAUUGUCUGCAUCCUCUUGAUUUUAGUUGGGAAGGGCCGACUGGAUAUGGGGCUGAGAAACAUGACUUUCGAGCUUCUCGAGUCAUUUAGCGCCACCAUUCCUUCUGGCUGGUAGUAACUCACGCAGUUUAUCCGCACUUGCGAUCAAGUCACGAAUCAUGUUCCGGCUUCUUCGGCUCCUCGGAGCGCCAACUCCCUGUCUGUGACGUUGAAU